AUGCCGUUUACCUCGAUUCCAGUCUUGGACCUGGGGCUGGCUCGGGACCCAGCAACCAAGCCCGAGUUCCUCAGACAGCUCCGCCAUGCUCUCAUGGAGGUCGGAUUUCUGUAUCUCAAGAACGUAGGCAUACCGGCGGAUCUGAUUCAAGACGUUGUUGAGAAAGGCAAGGCCUUCUUUGACAUGCCAGUGGAAGAAAAGUUGAAGAUUGAAAUGAAGAAUGCGCCCUCGUUCCUGGGCUACUCGAGGCUGUCGACCGAAAUCACGGCCGGCCAGGUGGACCACCGGGAGCAGAUGGACCUGUGCACCGAACACCCGCUUCCCGAACCCGGAUCGCCGCUGUACCGCAACCUGCUCGCGCCGAAUCAGUGGCCCUCGGAGGCGAGCGCACCGGGCUUCCGCCGGACCUACACCGACUACAUGCGGCGCAUGGGCGACAUGUCCAUCUACUUCACGUCGCUCAUCGCCGAGGCCAUCCAGCUGCCGCGCGACGCGUUCGACAGGUACUUUGACGAGGACCAGCACCACAAGCUCAAGAUUGUCAAGUACCCGGACAUGGAGGAGCUCGGCCACGGCAGCGGCGGCGGCCAGGGCGCCACGCCGCACCGCGGACUGCAAGUGCAAAACGUCGCGGGCGAGUGGAUCGACUGCCUGCCGCUGGACGGGACGCUCGUCGUGGCCAUCGGGCAGGGCAUGGAGGCGCUGACGCAGGGCGUGUGCGUGUCGACGACGCACCGCGUGCUGAGCCCGCGGGCCGGCGAGGGCGCACGCUUCUCUAUCCCCUUUUUCCAGGGCGUCAAGCUCGACGCCGACUUUGACAACCUCGAGACGGUGGGGGUUGGCGCCGUGCCGGACGAGGUCAGGGCGCAGAGGAGGACGGUGGUGGAGCGCGGCGGCGGCGCCAGGGUCGACGAUGUCGAGUUCACGUUUAGGAAAGGCGCCGUGGCCAGGACGCUUGGGGAGGCGACGCUGCGGAACAGGGUCAAGAGCCAUCCCGACGUGGGAGAGAGGUGGUACCCAGAGAUCCUGAGGGCAGUUCGCGAGGAGCAGGCAAAGGCUCGGUCUGAGAAGACGUAUGAGUCGGCCCCGUCAAGCACAGGGAGGCCGCAGCCGGCGGUGCAAGCGUAG